GAGGAGCUGCGGCGCGUCGAGAAGGAGACGGCCCUGAGCAGCUUCUACGGCGAGGGCUACACGGAGGCGGAGCUCGGCGCGAAGCCCAUGGUGCUCGUCAUCGGCCAGUACUCGACGGGGAAGACGACGCUCAUCUCGAGCCUGUGCGGCGGAGACUACGACGGCGCGCACAUCGGCCCCGAGCCGACGACGGAGAAAUUCGUCGCCGUCGUCGGCGCGCCGGGCCACACGCUGCCGUCGAGCAAGCGCGGCAACUACGUGUCGAUGAUGCCCGAGCUGCCCUUCGGCGGCCUCAGCCGCUACGGCCAGGCGUUCCUCGGCCGCUUCUCCGCGUCGUUCUUCCCGGAGCCCAACGUGCCGUCGCUCACGCAGCUCGUGACCUUCGUGGACACGCCGGGCGUCCUGAGCGGCGAGAAGCAGCGCGUGAACCGGUCCUACGACUUCGCGUCCGUGAGCCGCUGGUUCGCGGAGCGGUCCGAGCUCGUGCUGCUGCUCUUCGACGCGCACAAGCUCGACAUCUCCGACGAGUUCCGCGACAUCAUCGCGGGCCUCAAGGGCCUCGAGGGCCGCGUGCGCUGCGUGCUCAACAAGGCGGACACGGUCGACAACGAGCGCCUCGUCCGCGUCUACGGCGCGCUCAUGUUCAACGUGGGCAAGAUCCUCCAGACGCCCGAGGUCGUCCGCGUCUUCGUCGGCAGCUUCUGGGACGAGCCGUUGGUCCACGCGGAGUACGAGAAGGUCUUCCGCAAGGACCGCGCGGCGCUCAUCCGUGCGCUCAUCGACGAGAUCGAGGGCCUCGUGCGGUCGACGGCCGCGCGCAAGGUCGACGACCUCGUGCGCCGGGGCCGCCUCGCGCUCGUGCACGUGCGCCUCUGCCAGCACCUGCGGGACACCUACGCGCCGGGCUUCCUGCGGCGCCUCGUCGUGCCCGGGACCGCGAAACGGGCGAAGAAACGCGCGCUCGACGACCUCGACGUCGUCUUCGCGUCCGUGCUCCGAAACUACGGCGACGAGCUCUCGGCGGGCGACUUCCCGUCGCAGGCGGAGUUCCGCGCGGGCCUCCGGAACGUCGAUCUGCACAACCUGCCCUACGCGUCGGCCGAGACCGUCGACGACCUCAAGCUCUGGCUCACGGAGGACAUCCCCAAG